CGGCGUAACGAUGCCAUGCAUAUAAGCACACAUGAGAGUUUGAGCUGCGGGCGUGCUUGACCACCUUCCCUGAAGACGUAACUUGACUGACUGGGCUCACACCGCAAGCAUGAACCGCGACGAUACCAAAGAUCCCGAGACGGUACACGACGAACAAGUCAAGAGACUGGGAGAUGAUCCUGCGCAUUUGAAAACGGAGACUGGGGUCCAAGAUACAAUUGCAGCUGAUUAUGUCGAUCCCGGGCUGGUCAUUUCGCCAGUUUGUUUUGUGAAUUGGCGCGGCGCCAGCACCGAGCGGGGCGAAGCGAGCAAGGCUAUGCGAACCAUCUCACCCAUCAACCCCUUCCUCACUCAAUCCCUCCAUCUUGAAUACCGCUGUUACCCAGCCGCUCCGCUCUCCCCGCCGCCCGUACAACUUGCAUCGUGGAUGCCAAUCAGCCGCACGAUUCUGCCGCUGGUCCAGCUUCACCCUGCCUCGCUGACGGACGCCUGUAGUCAUCACCUGGGCCGCAGGCAACGCUCUCGGACCUCAAAUCUUCCAGCGCGCCUGGGCACCGAGUUACUACGACUCGCUAUACAUCCACUUGGGGCUUUACGUCGUCUUCAUAGUUGAUGUCCUCAUCAUGCGGAUGAUCCUCGUCAGGCGAAAUACCAAGAGGGGUCUGAGAACUGGGAUCGAGGUGAUGCACCUUCAGGCUUUUGCGGAUAUGACAGAUCUUCAAAAUGAAGAUUUCAGGUAUUCAUACUAGGUCAGGAAAGGGGAACACGAGUCAAAACGGGGAGGAAAGAGUGAACGGAAUCCCGUCACAUGAUGAUGGCGAUGAGAGGAUGUGUCAGGUUGGUCACCGCCACAAUCGUUACCCCACCACCAUUAAAUCGCCCAUCAGAAUUGGUUACUAGGUAUUGCAUAUAAAUGUCAUGACACAAGCUACUAGGAUGCACCUAAAGAUGAGGAAUCGUUGGAGCAGAGUCAAGGGGUAUUAGGG